UGUCCACGACGAGUGACGACGACAGCCAUGCCACGGAGAAUAGACAGGGCAAGAAAGUGAGGCCAAGAAAAAGCGAGAGAGUGUGUGGGUGAGUGAGUGAGUGAGAGUGAGAGACUAUUCUCAGGUCUGGGGUCAAGUGUCGAAUGUUGACCAUGGAAGUAGCGUGUCGAGGUAGCGCAUGGGCGAUGACUCUGUGACCAGUGGAAAGGCGCACCAAGGUCCCAUUGUCGUUAGUCGCCAAACAAGAGGCCAACAACUAAGGUUAUUCGGCAUGCCUCUCUCAAACCAAACCUGUCGUGUCGGAAUGCCUCAGUCGAAUGGCGAAAGAGAGUCGACGAGGGUCUGGCCGACGGGAAAAUCCCUGCCCUCUGGCGUUCCCGAGGUCCAGGUACCAAUGAACCUAAGGCAAGUAAGUACCUUGGUGGAGCACCUCAGCACCCAAGAUACUUCUUUGAUUAUUCUCGUCUGGUGCGGAGGUAUCCCCACAAGAUCCUGGCCCUCAACCAACCUUCAGGACCAGCCCAGAACAACCUAUUACAAAUGCCCUCGUUUCCUCGUGGGCCACCGUGGUUCAUGCCAUCUCACCAACCUGCCAACCAAGGUACAUAUGGAUUUUCCUCCAAGGUACACGCUCGUGUUGGCCAUUGCGCUCAUCGCGGGAUCGCCCCAGAGCGUGACUGAUCGGGACAUUUCCAUGGGUCGCGCGGACGGCGGCACGUCCGAGCCUCCGUUUCCCGCCCAAAACCAGAAACACCAUCCAUCCAUCAGCCAUGCCCGCACGGAGUGUUUCUGGCUUGACCUUGAUCAUGGGCUGGCUGACUGA